GAAUAUCCUAUCCAAAUACAACAAUCAACAAUUUGAUAUAUUUUAUCUUUAAAAUCUAUGAACAGAUAAAUAGACCCUCCCAUUUUUUCUUUUCUUCCCGUGCGUCUUCGCCAGCUCGCGACGUUCUCUUCCCCUCCAUUUCUCUAUUCCUGUUUCGAUACUUGCAGCUUGUCUUCUCUUCGCCUCACGUCUCCCCGAAGCCCGAUCUGCGCCGCCGCUCACGGGCUCACCGCCCCCAGCACAGCCCAGCCGCCGCUUCUCGCGUCGCAACAAUCUCGCCGCCUCUCCGGGGCCGGCUGCCUCGACUCCUUCUCGUCCUUUCCUUUCUCCUUCACCCCGCGAAACCUGCCCUUCCCCUGCCGCCUCGCCCCCAGCUCUCCCCGCCCUGAUCUCGGUCCCUCCGUCCGCACCCGAAUCGCCGAUCCGUCCACACCCGUCUCCUGCUGAGUAGGCCUUGGACUCAGUCUGAAUGCUGCUACCUCCCGAGUGUUCUCUCUGAUUCUGCGGUGUUUGGUGUCUCCUUUCUUUCUUACGCCACCAAGGUUUUGCGAGCAAUUAGGUGUCUUUGAUUCGCCGAGGUAUUGUUUGUUUAUUUCAUUCUAGAAAGGGCUCCUAGAUCGUAGUCAGAAUCCACCGGCAGUGGUGGCUGGCAUCAAUUCUUGUGGUGUUUGGUGGCUAGGAACCUGUCACUAGUACUAGUCUUGUUUAGUUGACUUUAAGCCCCUUUGCUUUCGUGUGCUGGUAUUCUUUGAUUUACGCGUAGUUGUUGUGAUUUGAGAGAACCAAGAGCUGUAGUUUUCCUUAAUCUGUGUGCUGUUUGAAUCUGUCUAAAUCCAUCUCUCCCAAAUGGUCAUCAAUCAGCUUUGCUCUGUUUUAGCUCAGGAGGAUAUAGGUAGAUCUGUGUAAAGUUUGAGACCCGUUAGGGUCGAAAGGUAGGUUGUGUUGGCUCUUUGCCGGUUAGACAUUGUGGUUUGGUGAUGUCUUGCACCUCUCCUGAUCCACCGGAUUACUGCUCGGCCGCAUCGCCUGAGCUUAAACUAUACCAAACCUUCAUCUUCUCGGUGCCAAUCUUCUUUACAUUCGUCUUGCUUCUGUUCUUCUACCUGUUCUACUUGAGGCGGCGCAGGGCGAAUUGGCAGUCCUUGCGGUUGAGGACGGAUAAUUUGAUACGGGGAGAUAACCCUAGAUUGGAGUGUGGUUUAAAGAAGGAGAUGCGGGAAAUGUUGCCGGUGGUUAUCUUCAAGGAGAGCUUCUUGAUCAGAGAGACACAGUGCUCUGUCUGCUUAGCAGACUAUCAACGAGAUGAGCGGCUUCAGAGAAUACCUCCUUGUGGCCAUACCUUUCAUAUCGAUUGCAUCGACCACUGGCUCUCUACAAACACCACCUGCCCCCUUUGUCGAGUAUCACUCCUUCCAGCCCCCAAAACAACCAGCAUUGAUCCUGAUUUGGAAGCACAAAUUGCUGGAGAGGAUUCUCAGAACGUACAGCAUCAGGAGGGCCUCACUGACGAGAACACACAACUGCAAGAUCAGGCAAUCGAUCAAGGUAGAACCAGUGACAGUCAGGAUGAAGAACUGAGGGGUGAUACAGAUGAAUCGGUGACGACCAGGGAGGUUGCUGAGCCUCAAGCAGACGCAGAGGGGUCACCAAGUACAACCUGCCGAUCCGGUAAAGUGAAGAAAUAAUGAUGACAGUUGAUGUAACAUUUCGUGUAACCUUUGUAUGUUUAGCUGCUCUGAAGGAUAAACAGGAGGCACAUAAAGAUCUCCACUAAUUAUAUACCCGUUUUUUCAGGAAAAAGAAAAGUUCCAUUCUUGGAAGAAAUUUCUAUCACUACA